AUGGAACCAAUUCUUGAAAAAACCUCAACACGUUGGGAAGUUCUUGUUCAAACAGCAACAUGGACAAUUCUCCUAAUGAUCACAGUGGCUUUGGCUUCAUUUGCUCCGGAGAUGGCGUUUGUGUCGAAAUUAAAGUCAUCUUCCGAUGGGUUCGUUAGGAUUCCGAUGGAUUUACCGGGAGAAAUGUUAAUCUUGCCGUCAGAAAUGGUGAAGAAUUCAUAUUUAGACGUUUUUUUACCAACGAUAUUCGCAGGAGUUAUGGUCAUUGCUUCUGUUUCUUUAUUACGAUCAUGUUUUGGUAUUGAAGGUGUUGUAGAAGAAAUCGAAGAACAAUGUUGA